UGCUGAUGCCGAGCGGAGCGGGGGCGCCUGUACACAUCGGUGUGCGGCUACAGCCGCAGUUCCCAAGACUGAAGUCGAAUGAAACGGGAUAGGAGGUUGAAAUAUGAUUAUGGAUCGGCCGAGCAGUUCCUCAUCGCUCGGACAGCUGUAACGUCGGCGGACACGCGUGGAUUCAUCAAAGGGUCGAUGAUUAGGGCUUCACUUGGUUUGACAUUCAGCCAGAGACAGAAUGAUCGAGGAAGGCAGUAAACGAGGCAAGGCCAUGGUGGAGAAGAGACAGCUCUUCAUGGAAAUGAGAGCUCAAAACUUCGAUGUAAUCAGACUGUCGACUUACAGGACGGCCUGCAAACUGCGGUUUGUGCAGAAGAGAUGCAACCUUCAUCUGGUGGAUGUCUGGAACAUGAUUGAAGCCUUUCGUGACAACGGGCUCAACACGUUGGACCACAACGCUGAGAUCAACGUGUCGCGGCUAGAGACUAUAUUGUCUUCCAUCUACUACCAGCUCAACAAGCGGCUGCCCACCACCCACCAGAUCAAUGUGGAGCAGUCCAUCGGGCUGCUGCUCAACUUCAUGGUGGCCACCUACGACAGUGAAAGCCAUGGGAAGCUGACCGUUUUCUCAAUGAAAUCCAUGCUGUCAACAAUGUGUGGAGGGAAAAUUGUGGAUAAACUACGCUAUAUUUUCUCACAGAUAUCUGACUCAAGUGGAAUCAUGAUGUUUGCAAAGUUUGAUCAGUUUCUUCGGGAGGUGCUGAAACUCCCCACAGCCGUGUUCGAGGGUCCUUCUUUUGGCUACACGGAGCAUUCAGUGCGGACGUGCUUCCCUCAGCAGAAGAAGAUUAUGCUGAACACGUUUUUGGAUGUGUUAAUGGCAGAUCCUCCCCCUCAAUGCCUCGUGUGGCUACCGCUCAUGCACCGACUUGCUAAUGUUGAAAAUGUCUUCCAUCCGGUGGAAUGUUCAUAUUGCCGGAGCGAGAGCAUGAUGGGUUUCCGAUAUCGGUGCCAACAGUGCCAUGGCUACCAGCUCUGCCAGAGCUGCUUCUGGCGUGGCCAUGCCAAUGGUCCCCAUAGCAACCAGCACCAGAUGAAGGAACACUCGUCUUGGAAGUCUCCGGCCAAAAAGCUGAGCCACGCAAUCAGUAAAUCUCUAGGCUGCGUCCCCAUCGGUGAGCCGCCACAUCCUGUGUUUCCCGAGCAGGCUGAGAGACCACAGGAACUCACCCAUACUGUUCAGCCGAAACCAGUGGCCAACAACAUGAACGACACAAUGCUCAUGUCCUCUGGGGCACCUACUCCUACCAAAAGUGUCUUGGAGAGUCCCAGCCGGCUAGAUGAAGAGCACCGCCUCAUCGCUCGAUACGCUGCCCGCCUGGCAGCCGAGGCGGGCAACUCCACACAACAAUGUCCUCCAACAGAUCUGGGUUUCAACUUUGAUGCCAAUAAGCAACAGAGACAGCUGAUUGCAGAGCUAGAGAACAAAAACAGGGAGAUCCUCCAGGAGAUCCAGCGGCUGCGUUUGGAGCAUGAGCAGGCCUCUCAGCCGACCCCAGAAAAAGCCCAGCAGAACCCCACACUUCUGACUGAACUGCGGCUCCUCAGACACAGGAAGGACGAGCUGGAGAGGCGCAUGUCGGCCCUGCAGGAGAGCAGACGGGAGCUGAUGGUGCAACUUGAGGGACUUAUGAGGCUGCUAAAGGAUGAGGAACAGAAGCAGGCUUCCCAGUCUGGAAGCUCCCCUCAUUCCUCCCCUGGUCACGGUGCAGGUUGCUCCAUGCCCAUGCCCAUUCGUUCCACCUCAGCUGGGUCCACCCCGACUCACACACCACAGGACUGCCUGGCAGGGGUGGGAGGGGACGUGCUUGAGGCCUUUGCUCAGGGUGUACCUAGAAAUCUUCGGAAUGAUCUAUUAGUUGCUGCUGACUCAAUCACAAACACCAUGUCAUCACUGGUGAAAGAGCUCCACUCAGUUGAUGACGUGGGAGUGGAAGAGGAGACCAACAUGAGGAACGGUGGGGACAGAGGCACAUUGAGAGUACAGAAGCACUGAAGACAAGAGAACACCAUUCCACCCUGUAAGGACAUACAGUCAUCAACUGGGAAGAAUCAGUUACAACAACAACAACAACAACAACAACAACAACAACCCCUGGCAUUAGCACGUAGAGUAAUGCAUGCUGUAAUCUAACAAGAUUUCACUAUGUGAAAAAAACGUCUCUUCACACCUUGCAGGUAGCAAGAUGUGUCUAAUUAGCGAGUGUGUAUGUUGUCCUGUAAACAAAAACUGCUGUAAUUA